UUAACGAUUUUGCUAUCCAACCAGUCACUUCUGUUUGUCAGCGAGAGCAUAGUAAGUCAAGUCUUCAUGGAGAAAUGAAAUUGAAUAGAUCCCUUAACAGCUCAUGCACUAAGUCAAGUCUUUGCAGUCCAAACUAUGUACAUAAGAAGAUCAAAUUUCCACCAUAUCUUUGUGACGUUUCCAUAUGAUUUUUCUUUGGCACCUUAUGAUCCUUAUGCAGACAAAGAAAAACUGAGGUCUCCAAAGCCUUUUACUAUAUAUAACUACCUUCCAGACUCUACAUAUCUAUGCAUAUAUAGAAACAAUAUCUCUCUACGUUUCUUGUAACAAUUACAAGUAUUGCAGCCACCAACAAUGAUGCUUCCAUGCAAGCCAUUCUACAAAACAUGCCAGCAGGCUUUGUUCUUACUUACCAUUGUGUUGCUUUCAUCCUUCCAAGUCUUGACUUCCAGCCCAUCUACAACUUCUUUCACUUCUGCUAGAAAUGAAUCAGAGGCCCUUCUAAAAUGGAAAGCCAGCCUCUCCAAACACACCCAAUCUCUCCUACCUUCAUGGGUCGUCUCCAGUGGGACUUGCCAUUGGGAAGGAGUCACUUGCAGCAAAUCCGGAAGCAUCGUCAGCUUGGACCUCUGGGGUCAUGGUUUGAGAGGUACACUUCACAGUCUCAACUUCUCUUCCUUACCUGAUCUCCUUACUCUUCAGCUAGGAGAUAAUUCGCUUUCCGGAACAAUCCCUUCUAACAUCAGCAGCCUCUCCAAACUCACCACUCUCAUCUUGUCCUACAAUAAGCUCUCAGGAAAUAUUCCUUCUGAGAUAGGUUUGCUGAAUAGUCUUAGUAUAUGUGACCUGGGUGCAAACUUUCUAACGGGCUCUAUUCCUCCAGAAAUAGGAAACCUGAGAAGUCUCUCUACGUUUAGUUUGUGUGAAAACAACGUCAUAGGCAUUAUCCCUACCACUAUAGGGAGCUUGCGGAACUUGACAAUUCUUCACCUUUAUAACAAUAAACUUUCAGGUCCCAUACCUCCAGAAAUAGGGAAUCUUAGAUCACUUAGUGACCUUGAGAUGUCUGGUAACAAUCUAAAUGGGACAAUUCCUGCUUCCAUUGCAAACUUGAGUAAUUUAUCCCUUCUUUAUCUUUAUGAAAAUGAACUUUCGGGGUACAUACCUCCAGAAAUUGGGAAUCUUAAAUCACUCCGUGAGCUUGACAUGUCAAGUAACAAUCUAAAUGGUACAAUUCCUACUUCUGUUGGGAACUUGACUAAUUUAUCCGGUCUUUAUCUUUUUGAAAAUAAACUCUCGGGCUACAUACCUCAAGAAAUAGGGAAAUUAAGACAUCUUUCUGAGCUUUAUUUGCAUAAAAACGUUCUCACAGGUUUUAUCCCUACUUCUAUUGGAAACUUGACUAAUCUAUCCUUUCUUUACCUUUAUGCAAAUAAACUCUUUGGCUCCAUACCAGACGAAAUUGGACUCUUAACAUCCCUAAAAGAACUAGCCUUUUCAAAUAAUAUGCUGACAGGCACCCUCCCCACUUCAAUACAAAAGUUAUCAAACCUUUCCACUCUCUCACUUCGCUCCAAUGGUUUGUCUGGAAUCAUACCUCAUGAAAUCGGAUCUCUAAAUUUACUCAAUGAUUUUGAUUUGUCAAUCAACAAUCUUAUCGGUACAAUUCCUCGGUCCAUUGGCAACUUGAGAAAAUUAACUCGUUUUGGGCUUGCUUACAACAAACUCUCUGGCAUCAUUCCACCGGAGAUAAGUAAUCUUACUCGGUUGCAAUUUUUGGUAUUAUUGGGAAAUAACUUCUCUGGUCAUUUACCAAGACGCCUAUGCCACAGUGGAUCACUUACGAAACUUGCCGUCAAUGACAAUCAUUUUCAAGGUCCAAUCCCAAAAAGCUUGAAAAGCUGCACCAGUUUGAUUAGAGUCAGGCUAGAAAGGAACCAUUUCGUCGGAAAUCUAUCAGAAAGUUUUGGCAUAUAUCCUCACUUAGAGUACAUAGAUUUGAGUGACAAUAAUUUGCAUGGCGAGGUUUCAUGGAAAUGGGGGCGUUGUCACAAUCUCACAAGCUUGAAAAUGGCAAGGAAUAAUAUUUCUGGUCGAAUUCCAACGGAGCUUGGAAAGGCAACUAACCUUUCUUUACUUGAUCUCUCCUCAAACCAUCUUGUUGGAGAGAUUCCGAAGGAAUUGGGAAAGUUGACAUCUUUAUUCGAACUUGAGCUAAGCGGUAAUCAACUUUCAGGCAAUAUAUCUGUAGAGAUUGGCAUUCUAUCAAAGUUAACAAAUCUCAAUCUUGGAGCCAACAGUCUAACUGGUUCUAUUCCGGUAGAACUAGGAGACUGCAAGAAGCUACUGAAAUUGAAUUUGAGCUGGAAUGGAUUCUUGGAAGGAGUUCCGUCUGAGAUUGGCAAAUUACACUUCCUCCAAAGCCUUGAUCUCAGUCACAAUGCGCUAAUAGGAGAGAUUCCUCCUAGAUUGGGAGAAUUGAAAACCAUAGAAACCUUGAAUCUCUCACAUAAUAAGCUCUCCGGUAGCAUCCCAUCAAGUUUUGGUGAUUUGUUAAGCUUGACUUCCAUUGAUAUAUCCUACAACCAGUUAGAGGGUCUUGUUCCUGACAUUGGAUCUUUCCAUGAAAAAGUGCCAUUUGACGCAGUUAGAGAUAACAAAGGUUUGUGUGGAAAUGUUACUGGUUUGAAGGCUUGUCCUACUUCAACCAACCACCGUCGAGAAAAGAAGAGAGGCAAAGGAGUUGUGAUUGUAGCCACAAUCCCCAUUGUAUGUGUUCUUUUGCUGCUGCUAAUCAUUUUUGCGACUUUUUUCGCUCUUGCCAAAAGACGGCGAAACAACGAGAAUAAACAAAGGGAAGGACCAAAUCCGAAUCCAUUCAAAAUAUGGAGCUAUGAUGGAAAGUUGGUGUAUGAGAACAUUAUUGAAGCAACUGAAGGAUUUGAUUCCAAGUAUUGCAUUGGAGUGGGAGGGACUGGAAGUGUGUACAAAGCUGUAUUACCAACUGGACAGAUUGUCGCUGUGAAGAAACUACAUCAACUACCAGAUUGUGAAGUUGCAAAUUCAAAUUCUUUUACAAGCGAAAUUCUUGCUUUGACAGAAAUCCAGCAUCGGAAUGUUGUCAAGUUUUAUGGUUUCUGCUCACAUUCGCGGCAUUCGCUUUUGGUUUACGAGUUCUUGGAUCGAGGGAGCUUGGAAAAGAUACUUUGUGAUGAGGAACAAGCAAUGGCAUUUGAUUGGAUUAAGAGAGUGAAUGUUGUGAAAGGUGUCGCCAAUGCUAUUUCCUAUAUGCACCAUGACUGCUCACCUCCUAUAGUUCACCGGGACAUAUCAAGCAAAAAUGUUCUGUUGGAUGAAGAUUAUGGAGCUCAUGUCUCUGACUUUGGCAUUGCAAGAAUUCUGAACCCCAACUCAACCAAUUGGACUUCAUUAGCAGGCACAUUAGGGUACACCGCUCCAGAACUUGCUUACACAAUGAAGGUGACCGAAAAAUGUGAUGUUUAUAGCUUCGGGGUUUUGGCGUUGGAAAUACUGGUAGGAGAGCAUCCGGGGGAUCUCAUCUCAUCUGUGUCAUCAUUGUCGUCUUUUUCGACUUCAACAGUACAUCAUUUGCUAUUGAAGAAUAUGUUGGAUCAACGUCCUUCAUCUCCUACGAAUCAAGCAGGAAAGGAAGUGGUGAGUGUUGCAAAAAUAGUAGUCUCAUGCUUACAAUCCGAUCCGCAAGCUCGGUCCUCUAUGCAACAAGUUUCUCAGGAGCUAUCAACUCGAAGACACACUGUGCAGAAUCAAUUUCACUCCAUUACAAUGGGACAACUACUUGAUGUUGAGUAUUGAUUCUGCAUGUUGAAAAUUUGCAAUCGUAAUUGUAGCUCGUUUAGAGUUGCAUGUGUUAGUAUUAAUCUAUCCAACCAGUGUCCCUACUUCUGUUUGUUAGCGACAGCACUAAGUCAAGUCUUCAUGGAGAAAUGCAAUAGAUUUGAUCCCUCAACAGCUCACACGUAUUUGUUAUUGGACCUUCGCCUUUGGUUUUUAAGCCUAUAAAAUAGAUCCUUGUGUGGAGGUGCAAGUCUUUACUUAUA